AUGCAAUUAUUACAAUAUUUUUUAUUUUUUAUUGGAUGUUUCAGAUUAUUUUGUUCUUUUAAAUUUUUAAUUAACCCUGUAUCCAUUUUUAGUUACGCAUAUCCAAAUGUAAAAAAAGAAGUAUUUUUAGGAUUAUUCUCAAGAAUUGCAUUUUUAUGGUUUUUUACAACUGGUUCAAUGGCUAUUGCAUGUUCACAAGAUAUUGAAAAUAAAACAUUAUUUUUCUUUACUUGGAUGACAUUUGUUUAUGGUUUGGGUCAUCAUGUUGUAGAAUAUUUAUAUUUUAGAACAACAGAAAUUAAAAAUAAUCUUGUUCAAUUUUCUUUAGCAUUUCCAUUAAUAAUAAUAAUGGGUUCAAUAAUGAUUUCUUGGUAA